AUGUCUAUGAUCAAGACUGUUGGCAUUGUCGGAACUGGAGUCAUUGGAGCUUCCUGGACUGGUCUCUUCCUGGCAAGAGGUCUACGCGUUGUUGUUUCUGACCCAGCCUCAGACUCCAAGCAGAAGCUCGACAGCUAUCUCAAGAAGAUAUGGCCUGACCUCAAAAAGAUUGGUCUUGCGCAAGGUGCUUCGCUCGACAAUUGUCAGUUUGUAGGAGCUAGUCUCAAGGACCAUUACUCCAAAGUCGACUUCAUCCAAGAGAAUGCUCCAGAAAAACUAGAAAUCAAGACAAAGCUGUUGGCCGAGAUUGAUGCCGCUGCACGUUCCGACGUUGUCAUCGCUUCUUCAUCCUCAGGACUACCAAGCUCCAAAUUCAUUGGAAAAUGCACGAAUAAUCCAGGCAGAAUCCUCAUCGGACAUCCAUUCAAUCCACCACACUUGAUGCCUCUCGUUGAAGUAGUACCUCAUCCCAAGACCGACAAAGCGAGCGUCGAUACUGCUGUCGAGUUCUACAAGUCUCUGAACAAGGAACCUGUUGUGAUCAAGAAAGAAAUCCCGGGAUUUGCUAGCAAUCGUCUUCAGGCAGCUCUGUGCAGUGAAGCAUACUCUUUAGUCAGCAGAGGUAUACUUUCUGCAGAAGAUCUUGAUACUUGCAUCACUAACAGCUUGGGCCCUCGAUAUGCAUUGACGGGUCCCUUUAUGUCAAACGCUAUGGGUGGCGGCGGUGGCGCUGAUGGUUUCAAGCAUUUUGUUGAACACUUGGGUCCUGCUAUGCAGACCUGGCUUGACGACAUGCGGGAGCAUACCUUUAAACUCGACAAGGAAAGUCUGGACUCGCUGAGUGCUAGCGUCGUUCAAGAGUUGGAAGGCAAAGAUGUGCAAGCCCUCGAGGCGGAACGUGACAGGCUUCUAGUCGAAAUCAUGCGACUCAAGGGUGAGGGCAAAUGA